UUAUACCCCCAAAUAUUGACAGAGAUUUAAAGAAAGCAUGGCUGAGAUGGAGAAAGAGGGAAGACCUCCGGAAAACAAGAGGAGCAGAAAGACAGCUCACCCCGUGAAGAGGGAAAUUAACGCAGAGAUAAAGGUACCGUCCAAUCGGCCCCUCCCAGGGGUGGGGCAGGCAGGCAAUCUCCAUGGCAACUCGCCCUACUUGAUGAGUUUUGCUGAAAACACCAUGAAUGAGUUGCUUGGAUGGUACGGAUAUGACAAAGUGGAGUUACGAGACUCAGAUGACAUAGAGAUCCGCAACUACCCUGAUAGAGAAAUGCGGCAACACAUCUCUGUCCUGAAAGAGAACUCUUUGCCAAAAGCAUCCACAGUGGAGAACAGCAGUGGUUCUUCUCCACACGCCAACAGCUCUAGCUCUACUCCGACAUCAAGGAAUGGAGUGACAACCGAGGUGUCUGUAAACCCCUCCUCCUCUAAGGAGCACGGAGGCCUGCCAAUCAUAGUGCCCUUAAUCCCGCCCCCUCUGAUCAAAGCACCAGCAGAGGAGGACACCUCUAAUGUUCAGAUAAUGUGUGCGUGGUGUCAGAAGGUGGGAGGGAAGCGUUAUUGUCUCAGUAUGGGCUCUGAACUGAAGAGUUUCUGUAGUGAGAAAUGCUUCGCUGCCUGUCGACGUGCCUACUUCAAACGCAACAAGCUUGGAUAUGUGAGGAAUUGCAGUGCCAGAGAGGAGGAGGGCGUUCCGCACCACAGCUUGUCCAAAGACACGCCGAGACUUGUCCUCAAGACAAACAGCGAUGUGCUUGUCUGCGAUUGGUGCAAACACAUCCGCCACACUAAGGAAUACCUGGAUUUUGGAGCGGGUGAAAGACGGCUCCAGUUCUGCAGUGCAAAGUGUCUGAACCAGUAUAAGAUGGACAUCUUCUAUAAAGAGACUCAGGCCGCACUUCCAGGGGGUUUAUGUAACCCUCCUCUCCCCAGAAGUGAUACGAAAUCAGAGAACGCAGGGGGUGUACAGCUGCUUACACCUGAGUCCUGGAGCGCGCCUAUAAACGAGCUUCGCAGUCGCAAGGCACCUUCACCAGGGGGUGCCACCAAUAUAGCCGGACCUUCUGGAUCCACCUCGGGGUCACCAUCUGAAACUGGAACUGUGUGUUCCUCCUCGUCCUCAUCAUCCUCGUCAUCAUCAUCUACGAAAAUCCCCACACCACGGCCACACGAAAGUCCCGCAUUACCGCCACCUCCUCCACCACCUAUAGCAGGUUUUCAUCCAGCUCUGGGUGUGCCACCUGGCAGCCCGCCGAUGGUGAUGACACCCCGUGGCCCAGUCCCUCUCCCUCUCUUUAUGGAGCACCAGAUGAUGCAGCAGAUUCGCCCUCCAUUCCUACGCCCCCCAGGCCCCAACAGCCCUCAUUCCAAUCCCAUGAUUCCUGGCAUUGGGCCACCACCUCCUCGGACUUUGGGUCCUCCAUCAAACCCUAUGCACCACCCGCUCCUUUCCCCCCACAUACACCCAUCCUCCACCCCAACCUUUCCUAGGAACCCUCCGGGUAUGAUGCACCCUCAUCCCGGUGGCCACAUGCCAGCCAUGCCUUUCCCCGCAGUUAACAUGAUGCCAGCUGGACCCAUCCCAGUUCCGCCCAUUAUGAAUAUUGGCAUACCUUCUCUGGCCCCCUUAGUGCCACCACCAACAUUAUUAGUGCCCUAUCCAGUGAUUGUGCCAUUACCAGUCCCCAUACCCAUUCCGGUGCCCAUACCAUUCAAUCCACAGGCUUUUGGUGACCGACCAGGAAAUGAUGGAACGCUUCCGAAGGCUGCGAGCGAGCGGAGUGAUUCAAAAGCACCGCCACCAUUUUCUCAAAGCACCUCCAGAGGGGAGGGGAGGGACUUUCAACAAGCCCCUCCCACCUCAGAUACACUUUUGCCAGGAUUUUCCAAACAGACAGAGCAGGGCAGGACAAAAGUGGCGGAGCUCAUAGUUAAAAUGGAAAACUCUGGUAACGGAAACUCUGGACACUCCCACAAAGACACACCAGCAGAUGGAGUCAUUGAUUUAACAACCAGUCAUCGCUCCCGGCAACAGCUAGUUAUCCAGAGGGCUGUAACCUGUGUGCAGGUAAAAGCAGAGCCCGGGUUAAGCCCACCACAUGCAGUUUUGGGUGAAACUGAGGUGGAUCGGUCAGCCAGUACUAGCACAGGUACAAUAGAAGAUAACCACAGAGACAGUAAUGCUGAAAGCCCAUUGGCUAGUGUGGCUCUGCCUUGUGCAGACCCAUCCUACUGCAGUGGCACGCCGCCACUUCCUCAGACAAUCACAUGCAGCACCUCCACUGUUCCUAGCAACACCACCACACCUAAAACUGAGCCUGGCUCUGCUACGCCCUGCAAUGUGAUUGUUAAUGGGAGCUGUAAUGUGCCUCCAGCAGAGAGUUUGAUCAGAACACCUCCGUUAGAGCAGCGCCCUCUAGUGGACCCCUGCCGAAGGACUGCUGCUGUGUGCGAUGAGCCUGUGGGGGCCGAUCUAGAAGGAGAGGACCUGAAAGAGAACAGCUGCUUGACAACAGAAAGAGACUUGGCAGGUAAGAAAAGCUCAAAUGACCAGUCUGCUAUUACCGCAAUAACAGGGGAGGACAAACCUCAGAGCCCUGAAGAUGCCCCAUCUGGUGAGGACCAUGCCUACGCCCUUCCCCUAAUGCCCAAACUUGGCUGUGUCAUUCAGCCCGUGCCCAAACCUGCUGACAAAACCGCUGCCAUUUUGCCCUGUGGCUUGACAGCCCCAUUAACAGGAACCGUUCCAAUGGAAAUGGAGCCUCCGCUGAAGAGACGGUGUCUGCGUAUCCGCAAUCAGAACAAGUGAAAUAGAGGACAG